GGCGAAAGUACAGAAUAGGCAAUUUUUUUAUUGGGCUAUUUAAAUUUACAGUAUACUAUUUAUCUUUUAAAAAUAAAAAAAUAAAAUGUAUAGGCAUGUAGUCCGACCUGAAUCAUCGUACAUCAUGAAAUUUGGCAGGUUUCAAGUGUGAUUCAGAGGUAGUCUAGGCAGGGGGGAAAUGUUAUUAUGUCCACCUCCCUCCCUACCGAGGCAGUGCUUUGAUAAUCCUCCAAGAGUCAACACCCACACUGCUACACAGCCUGUGUUUUACUGUGUUCGUACUCAUUAUCUUUUGAGUUUUGAAGUCAGACUAAUUUGGUGAAUAUGAAUCCUCAUUGUGCGCGCUGUGGGAAAAUUGUUUAUGCCACAGAGAAAGUCAACUGCCUGGAUAAGUAUUGGCACAAAGGAUGUUUCCACUGUGAGGUCUGCAGGAUGACUCUCAACAUGAAGAACUACAAAGGCUAUGAAAAGAAGCCCUACUGUAAUUCGCACUAUCCAAAGCAGUCAUUCACCAUUGUUGCAGAUACUCCUGAGAACCUUCGACUGAGACAGCAAAGUGAGCUUCAGAGUCAGGUGAAGUACAAGAAAGACUUUGAGGAGAGCAAAGGACGAGGCUUCAAAUUUGUGCUGGACACUCCUGAGCUGCAGAGACUACGACGAGCCCAGGAUCAGAUCAGUAAUGUGAAAUACCACAAGGACUUUGAGCUGAUGGGCCCACAAGGAGUCACACGUGGUGUUCAUGCACCUUACCUUGUGCGUGGCCAGCUGCGGCAAAACGUCCGAACAGAAAAUACAGGGCACAAGGGUGUGCACCAGUACAUAGUGGAGAUGGCCCGGAGGCCUGGUGUCAUCGUAGCUCCUGUGCUGCCAGGCGCGUACUGCCCCAGUGGACACGUCCAGGGGCACAGCUACAUGCACCAGACCAGUAUGCACUCCUUACGGUCUCUGCAGAGUGUGUACAGAGCCCUCUACGAUUACGUGAGCCAAGACACGGAUGAGGUGUCGUUUCGGGACGGUGACAUCAUCCACAGCGUGCAGCCCAUUGAUGGGGGUUGGGUGUACGGCACGGUGCAAAGGACUGGCAGGUCUGGGAUGCUCCCUGGUAACUACAUAGAGGGUCUCCACUAAGGCUUACCAAACUAACUCGAGGCCUGGAACACAUUCAAGUUGUACAACAGUUUGUCUGCACAAAAAUAAUUAAAGGCCUCGAUUCAAUCAGAUCGAGCGUAAACCCUCAUUGGCCAACAUCCGCAUAGUGUAUAACUGCGGGUAUAAGAUGACAAAUCGGUGAGCGGCUGCUUUUGUGUCACCAACCACUCCUUUUCUUAUUAUCCCUACCGCGGUAGAAAAUGUAGGCUAUCAAUUAUAGAAAUAUUGACAGGGGCUAAUGCAUGUUUUUAUGUUCGUUUUGAUGGGGCGAUUUAUAGCCUAUCAGUCUAGUCAAGGUGUAGCUAGAACAUCACACAUUCAAGUGUUUGAACUUGUAACAUGAUAUAAAGUUGGGUGUGGUUUCAUUGCAUCAAAUGUCAGUGUCCAGCGCCUCACGACCGGCGCAGGGGUCUAAGGCACUGCAUCACAGUGCUAGCUGUCCCACUAGAGAUUCUGGGUUCGAUUCAUGGAGACCCAUGGGGCGGUGCACAAUUGGCCCAGCGUCGUCCGGAUUAGGGGAGGGUUUAGCCACUAGCGACUCCUGUGGUUGGCUGGGCACGCUGACACGGUCGCCAGGUGUACGGUGUUUCCUCUGACACGUUGGUGCGGCUGGCUUCCGGGUUAAGUGGGCAUUGUGUCAAGAAGCAGUGCGGCUUGGUUGGGUUGUGUUUCGCAGGACACAUGGCUCUCGACCUUCGCCUCUCCCUCAUCCGUACGGGAGUUGCAGCGAUGAGACAAGACUAACUACCAAUUGGAUACCAUGAAAUUGGGGAGAAAACAUGUCAGCGUCCGCGAUAAGGUAACACAAGGAGCCGCUUGUGGGUUUGACAGCUCCAACGCCACACCACCACCAAAAUGACCGCUAUGCGGAUGUUGGUUUCGCUAAUGAUAGAAUCUAGCCCAACAGUAGUUGUACAACCUGAGUGUAUACUGGGUCUGACUGAGAGCAUUAUGUAGAUAAGAUGCACCAUCGAAGCCUCUGUAUGGUGAGGAUUUCCAUCAGAAUAUACAAGUGGUAAUAGCAAUUGAAAUAAUGUUUUUGGAAAUGUAUGAACAAGUACAGAAUUUGAAUCUUUACAUGUUUAAAAAUUAAUGUAACUGUCAUUUGUGUGCUUAUAGUAUAUAACAUGUUCUAUUCACGGCAGUGUGUGCACUACAAAGUAUGUUAACAAUUUGAGUGUUCCAUCUUCAAAUCUAAAGUUGUAAACAUGACAAUUCCAGUACGUAAUGUCAAGCUACUUACUGUAUGCAACCUGUCACUUGCACGUCCGUCUUCAAUUCAAAAGGUUUGCAGAUAAAUGUUAAAAAAAAAAAAAGUUAAAUAAAUGUAUUAACAUGAAGUAUUUUCUUGUUUAAUAGUUUCCAUACCUUAAAAUAAAUGAAAGAUGACUGGCUGCAA